UCAAUUUUGAAUGAAGAAUUUUGUAUCGAUGAUGGGUUUCUAGCAACAUUUUAAAUUUCAAAUUUUUUUUUUAAAGAUAUUUUUCAGACAAAUUUCAAAAUAAUAUUCGGUUUUAGUGGUCAUCUUUGAUGAACCAUUGAUGAUGGUGGUUGUUAUUGGAGGUGAUGGUGGCGUUGGCGGUGGCAGUCUAGAAGCUCGGCCUACCACCAGUGGUAAUUCAUCUACCAACCUCUCCUCUACUGUUUUCCAACUUUUUCCUGCCUCUCAUCUCCUUCUCCCACCACCACCACCACCACCACCACCACAUCUCUAUUCCAUUUGAUUGUGGACAGUGCGAGUUUGCUUUUGGCUCAGAGUACUGAUAUCAAGCGAUGAUGAAAACAUUUUUACAAUGAAAAUUGAGCACAUAAUUUAUUGUUACUGGUUUAGUAUUAAUUUUUUGAAAAAAAUAAAAAAAAAUUAAAAUAUGGAAAUUGACAAUGAAGAUGGUAGUAAUUUUAAUACAUCACAACAACAAUCGACAUCAACGACGAAUGGUACUCGUCACCAAUUCAGCAUCAACGAACUAUUAUCAAUGAUUGAAAUGAUAAAAAAAUGUGAAUUAAUAUGGAACAAAAAUCAUCCAGAAUAUUCUCAUGGCCUUGCACGUGCCGUUGCAUUCGAACAGAUUGCACAACAAUUAUCUAUUCCGGUCGAGGAUAUUCGCUGGAAAUGGCAGAUAUUACGUAAAGAAUAUUUCAAAAAAAUUUCACAAAGUAAUAAGCCAACAAUCAGUGGUCAGAGGCCAAGACCGUGGAAAUGGGCAUCACAGUUAUCUUUUUUGAAUACUGUAAUAGCGCAAAAUAGUCAACAGAAUAUCAAAUCAAAAUCAGAUUAUCAUCAACAGUUAUCACUGAUCUCGAAACAACAUCAUGUGACUAAAAUAAAUAAUUUCAAAUCAUCCGCCAAUCAUAAUGGUAAUGGAUCAAUGUCAUUGUUGGCAUCAUCAACACAUAAGAUGGUUAACGGUAAAUUUAAUCACCGUCAACAUCAUAAUUCAUCGAAAAGUAAUAAUAUUAAUAAUCAACAGCUAUUAAAUUCGGAAGAAGAUUCAUCAGAACAAACAGACAAUUCAAGCGAAUUGCAAUUGAAUGCAAAUCAUUUGUCACAAUUUGAUUAUUGUACCAUUGAUUUGGAUGAUGAUGAUCAAAAUCAACUACCAACAAUUGGUGAAAAUGAUGAUGAAGAAGAUGGAUACAAUAUAACCGGUGAUGAUGGUGAUGUCGAUGAUGAAGAUUUACCAAAAUUUUUCUGUGAAACUAUUUAUUCACCAGCACCUGAUGAAGAUGAAAAUGAAUCAAAUGAAGAAGAAUUAGAAUCAAAAUUAUUGGUGACAACCAAACAACAACCAGCCAUCAAUUCGAAUAAACGAAGUCAAAUCAUCUACUACAAUAAUUUAAAUAAUAAUAAUAUUAACAACAAAUCAUCCCCAUUAACUGCCGCACCGGAAAAUCGAAAACGUAAUCGUUCGUCCAAUAAUAAUAAUAAUAAUAAUACGGAGACGGACGUAGAAAAUUCAACAAAAAAGCCAAAAUUUGAUGGCGAUCAAUUCAUCUCUGGUGAAUCAGUGAAUCUUUCAUCGAUAAUAUCCUUAUUAAGGACACAAAAUGAAAUAUUAGUAACAAGAAAUCGUCGCGAAGAAACAUUAUGGCAACAAUUAGCCGAUAAAGAUAGUCAAUUGAAUCGCUUAAGCCGUCAACGUGAAAACGAACAACAAAAGCAACAGGAGGAUACAUUUCGAACAUAUUUAUUGGCAAAACUAUCGUUGUUACAGGAUGUACCACGAACAUCAUCUAAAUGGACUAAAGAAUUUCAGACCAUCAUGGAUCAAGCAUUCGAUAACGUUUAUCAAAAAUUUUUAUCACAACACAAAUCAAAAACAUAAAUUCUCAUUAUUAAAAUAUAUAAUAAAAAAAACAUUUUAUGAAAAUCGUUCUGUUAUUUUCGAUUUCGACUUUUACGAGUCGUACGACUAGGAUAAUCAUCAUCUUCAUCAGAGUCUUCUAUGGCAACGGUUUUGAUCAAUUUGGCCUUUUUCUUUUUUGGAAAUGUUUUUGAACUUGAUUUAUCGUCAUCUUUACUAGAACGAACAAUUUGCAUCGGAUCAUCAUUGUCAUCAAAAUUUUUC